AUGGGGAAAUCUUUUAGAGGUCACCGCGAUUUUGGACCUUUCGAUUUGAACGUUCCACCACAAAGAGGAGAAGGAAACUUUAGGUCUCAUUUAAAAUUUACAAUGGAUUCUGGAGAUCAUAUUUUGGCCAAAAAUUUGGUAAAACGAGUAAAUGAAGCCAAAUUUUUUAGUAUUCUGUGUGAUGAAACCACCGACAUUAGUAGUACAAUUCAGCUAUCAUUUUGCGCUAGAUUUGUAGAAAAUAAUAAAUUUCAUGAAGAACUUUUACAAUUUAUUCAGGUAACUGAAACCACCGAAACUCGAAAAGAUUUAGGUUUGAAUGAAAAUAAAAUUCAUCAGUUAGAGCAGAAGCCGAAAGUAGAAAUAUUAAAAAGAUUGUGUGCAACAAGAUGGAUUAAAAGACAUGAUUUAGUUCAUACAUUUAUUUUCUUACUUCCUGUCAUUAUUAAAGCACUGGAUGUUAUUACAAACUGGAGUGAUAACAAAACUGCCACUGAUGCUCAGUUGCUGUCGGCUGCAAUUUGCAAAUGUGAGUCUUUGGAGUCUCUUUGUGGUUAA